GACCCCACAGCCUCGCUGCCCACCCGCGGUGCCCCGGCCUCCCCCGGCCUCCCCCAGGCGGGGCGGCCAGCCCCUCUCGCUGGGCAUGGCGACGGUGAGCAGGGCUGCUGAGCCGGGCACGGGCCGGCCUUCGUCCCCCUGACACAGGGCCUGGGAGCCUCCUCCAGAGCUGGUCUCGCCGGGCCGAGAGCUGCAGCCUGCGGCUAUCGGUUACAGAAGCACAUCAUCGUAGUUACUUAUUUAUGGGACUUUUAAAGAACACGGCUGUAACACAACCUCAAAACCAACAUACUAUACUUCACGUUAGAUAAUAGGUCCAAUGGCAAGGCACACAAUGUCCCUGCUUCUUGGUGCGUUCCUAGGGAAUAGCCUCAGAACAGAAGGCAGAAAUUCAGGAGAGCAGUAGGAUGUUUUUCUGCUUGCCCACAUGGCUGCUCUCCAGAGCAUCAGUGCUUGGUGCUGGCUGUCCCUGGGCUUUUACCAAGGGGCUUUACCAAAAGCUCGGUGGGUUUUCUGCAGGGGGAAGGCAGAGGGGUCCCCAGUGCCAACCUUGCCACCUGUGACCUCCAAUACAAAACCCAUCACCUGUCACUGUGACACAAACAUGGUAAAAAGCUCAAGAGCUUGAAAAGCCUGGAGAGGGCUGCCGGGCUGAGCACACCUCCGAAAAAGGUCCCAUCCUGAAGAGAUGUGGGCACAGAACUGCCCUUAGGGUCAGCUUCACGGGAUUCCACCUGCUCCAUGAGGAGCCCCCACUCACAAAUCACGUGGAUCAGGGCAAACAACUUGCGUGUUCAGGGAUGUGUGCCUAGUGUUUUUGCUCCGAGGCUGCAGAUCCUGAAGGAGCUGCACCCGGCACCUCUCCAUCCCCAGGGGCUGCGGAAGGUGCUGUUUGGAGACGCGUCCCGUGUCUUCAGCCAUGACUGGGCACAAGCGCACUUCAGGUUUCGUGAGCCACACUCCGACCUGGCCUACGCUCUGGAGGCAGACAAGGGGGGAACGAGAGCCAUUCUGAUGGCUGUACAAGGGAACAUCAUUAAAUAUCUGCUCUUCGUAAGAAACACAGAAUAUACUCACCUGGAAAGAUUGUGCAAAAUAAGCCAAAAGGAGCAAGGAGAGGCCCUGGCUGCAGCCCUGGCAGACAGCCUCUGGGCAGCAGGAGAAGGUCAGGAAGCCAUCGUCUGCCUUACCUCAGCAGCCUCCCACUUCGUCCCUACCGCAGACUACAAAGCAGACAACUUCACUGAACGGAUUCAGCUGUUUAACUUUUUUGAGAAAGCAGCAGCUCAGAAAUUUAUCUUCGACCAUAUAAAUUGUUUCAAAAGCGAAGGAAGUAAGGGACUGAUCCUGUUUUUAUACAGUUUACUUUUCUCUAGGACACUGGAAAGGGUCCAAAAAGAUUUAGGUGGCACGACAGCUCAUCUGUUAGAAUUCAGUUGUGGAAAUGUCAUCUGCACACAGCCACUGCUCCAGGUCGUCCUGGCGGGCAGCGCGUGCCCCAGCCACCGCUGCGAGGUGGGCUUCCUGCGCUGGAGCCGGGGGGAAGCCGGGCACCGCCUGUCCCUGGUUGGAAGCGUGCUGAAAACCCCUAAAUUUCCUAUCUGGCUGUGCAGCAUCAACGGGAUGCACAGCGUCCUCUUCAGCACCAACAGGCUGCUCUUGUCUGACUGGAAGAUGGAGCAUGUUUUUCAUCUGUACUUCUACAACGGGCAGCGAGGGCAGACGAGAACAGCCCACCUCACAGUAGACACUCACUCCCAUCACUGGGAAGAGGGCCGCUGUGCAGACACAAGCAGCCCAGGGAAGAGGUCUCCGUCUCUAGAGAUGGCAAUCAGGACCAGGUGGCCAGGCGCGGCUGUCAGCUGGAACGGGACGGAUCCCUUCUACUGAGGCAUGCCAGCGUCUCCCCCUCCUGCCACAGAGCACUGCGGUCUGAAGGGGAAAGGGCGCUGCCACCAGCAAAACCACGCGCGGACGCCGAGCGGACGCCCUGCUGAGCGGGGCAUCACACCUGCUCUGAAAGCCUGCACCAGUGGUGAGCAAUCACUGGCGAUGACACCUCCUUGCACACGAUUUUUGGGUGGUGGGAUGCAGUCUGCUUCUCACUAAAGUUGGCAGAGGAAAGAAAAGAGCAUGGCAACAUGAUUUCCUUCCAGACAGAGAUGUUAAAAAAAAAAAAAAAAAAAAAGGAAGUGCUGUGAAUGUGCUGAACACAGUGAAAACGAAAACAAUAUUGAGUGUUGACAAUACUGUGUGCAUCAAAUUUAUUUAAUCCAGUGUAGGUAACUAGUUUAUCUGGUUGCAACAAGAAAGGUUUUCUCCCAGCUCUCCCAGCUGUGACGUGUAUGUGGAUCGCUCUCUUCUGCCCUCAGUAGCAGGCAGAGCCCAGACCCGCUGCAGGACUCGUGGGGUCCUGGCACUCUGAGGCAGCCUGGCCGAGGCAGGCAGGGCGCACCGCUGCUCACACGCACUGACUGCUUUCCACUUCCUUUUUCAGACGUUGCCCAAAAAAGAUCUGUUAGUCAUACCAAAAUGUGUGUUGCUAAUGACAACUGUACUGAGAACAAUAAACCUUUCUGCAAGUGAUCCCGAAAUUUAGACUCUUAGCUGACAAAAAAGAAGAGGAAAAAAAAAAGAAAGAGAGAGAGAGGGUCCAUAACGAGCCAGAAGUGCCUCUGGGACGGGAGAGGAGCCUGCUGGUUAGCAAGCUAACGUGGGAUCUGCACUUGUCCUUGCUCCCUUCAUAGAACCAUAGAAACACAGAAUGGCUCAGGUUGGAAGGGAUUAAAGCCCCUUUAGUUCCAACCCCCUGCCAACAGCACCUGGAGCAGUUUGCCAGGGCGAUGAAGCAGAGCCUGCUGCCGCCUUGCUCCCAACACCCCGAGGUGACCGUCGCUGCCUGGCGCAGCCUGCACGCUCCCGCUCCAGAGCUGUUACAGGAACCAGUUGCAGCAGAGAAGGUGCUCGUCUCGUGGUGCUGCGGACAGUACCUCUCGGGGGAAGGACACCUGGGAUCUGCAGAGACCCACGUAUGCCUUGUGGUGGCUCCAGAAGCCCCCAGCCCCAAAUAAACUAAAAAUAAACUAAAGCCAAGGAUAGAAGAAUGGGGUCUUGCUUAAUCUCAUUGGUGAUUUCUAAAUAAAACAAUCGUUAUUAUUAAAGCCAGGAAUGGAAGAAUGGGGGCUUGCUUAACCACAUUAAAAGUAGAUAUUGCUGUGCCUUUGCUUACUACUGUGCAAAUUAACCAAAACAAGGAGUCUCAGGGCCCCUCACAGAGGAUGUUUCCUGACAAAAAUGGGGAACCUGUCUCACAAACCAGCUGAGACUGACCUUGUGGUUUGGACAAGAGCCAAGAAGCAGCUGAGUCUGUACAAAAGCAGGGAGGGGGUCAACUAGCGGUGAUGAAGAGUUAUCAGCCUUCAUCCCCACAACCCCCUGACGACCACCACCAGAAGGCACUGCGCAAGCACAGAUGGGAGGAGUUUAUGGAAACGACUUCUUGGAGCUAAUUUUAAUUCAAAUCGGGGAUAGGUUAUGCAUAUGUAUAGGCGUACUGGGAAACUUCAUGCAUAGGUAACUCUUUACUGCAUAUAACCAAGGCAAGUUGCCGCGUUGGGGUGUGCAGGCCUUUGGGAGCUAUCCCGCAUGCGCCUGCCGUCGAAAUAAACCACAUACCUACUUUAUAACUCAUUUGCUUUGAGCUGUAGAGUUCUUCCACAAAUCAAAACCACAUCAUGUUUUCACUGUGCUCUAGAUGAGAUUUCCAGAGGUUUUCUGCCAAGGAGAUAGUUCAGUUCCUGACCUUGUGAUUUCUUGAGAUAAACUUUCCCCUAAAUCUCUGUAAGAGGUGCCAGGUUUAACGCCUCUCAUCUUUGUGUAAGAAAGGAGGGAGCAGGGAACAGCACAUCCACACAAUCUGCUCUGCCAGACCUCACCACAGCACCAGAGGCUGGCAGCCUUUAAGAGGAAAAACAGCUUUGUGUUUUUUCACUCAGAAAAGAAAACCCCCUGGGUUUAUCCAACUGACAACCACCUUCAGGUCUUCCAAACUGGCUGCUGAACCCAAAGUGCUACACAGGCCAAGGAAGCACACGCACAGCAGCAGGUCACGAAAUUCUCACCUGUGACCUCCUCUGCUCGUGGCGCCCAGCCUCCUGCCCAACGCUUCCCCCUCCCGUAACCUCGACUCCUCAGUCCUCUUUGCUGAUGACAUUUUUCACCUUUGUCCUGUGGUGACCCUCCAGCCUGAUGCGAUUUCUGUAAUUAUCUAAAUGCUCCCAGUGUUUGGACAGGGUUUCCUAAAUACUGCAAGAGUGAUUGGAUUUGAGGUCAUCCACACCUGUAACAAUAUCACGUACAAGGCCACUCUCCGCCUAUGUCCGUGUGUUGCUGAUGCAUACUGAAAACAAAAGCAGCAGCAGGACAGAGAAUCACUCUUUCUUCAUAGACUCUCUUAACUCAUUCUUGUUUUUUUCCCAACUCAUCAGCCACUAAUUUAAUCAAUAAAGAAGCCCUUGUGUCACACCUACAAGUUAACUUCAGAAAUUAAUAAAUAAGAGUACCCUUCAGUAAGCGUUACGGACCAGGAGCUUGGCAUGGUCGAGACAGAAGAGCACAGCCCUGCAGAGAAGCCAGGCACAGGUCGGGCAGGAGGUGGGCUCGGCAGCUCUGCAGCCCAGCCUCGAGGCAGGGCCUCGGGGGCUGCCGGGGGUGCCCAGGGCUUUCUGCAGCCCAGCCCUGAAAGCCCUGGGGAUGGACACGGCACAGCCUCUCAGGGCAGGCCAGGGGCAGCCUGGUGCUCGACUGUCCUAACGGUGGAGAAAAAUCCUUAAAUGUGAACAGGCACCAAUAAUUCAGGAGAAAACAAGAAAACAUAAGUAAAGAUAAAAAAAUAAAAAAAUUUAGAAAAUCAGGUACCACAGGAAACUUAAUGAAAAAUUACCAGAAGAUGGUUGACACACUGGGUAUCAGUCAUCAAAAAUGCACGUGUGAGAUUUUCCACUUCAAACAGAAAGGCAACACAAGCACAGAACCACUCUUCUGGGGACUUCCACCCAUCCCACGCACGCGUAAGUGGUUAUUUACAUCCUCAUACAGGUUUGUUCCAGUCUGGACAGGGUAAGUAUAUAUAUAUAUAUAUAUAUAUACAUACACAUAUGCGCUAUCAUUGCUUCCUUUCAGAAACUACUGAUUUCAGUCAAUCCUGUUCUGGUGUUUUUCCCUUUUGUUUGUUUUCUUGGUUGGGUGUUGUUUUGGUGCUUUUUUUUUUUUUUUUGCUUGUUUUUGGGGGGUGGGGAGCUUGUGGUUUGUUUUUGUGUUUUUUGGGGAGGGCGGGAGGGUGGUCAGAAAAGGACUCAGCAUACCAGGAUGAAGGCUAGAAUCUCAGAACCUAUUAACCUCAGUUCUCUAACUUCAAAAGAAACACUUAUCACCUGUGGCAAAAUUUCUGAAGAUACAGGGAAACUUACUGAAACCUUAUUAACUAUAGCCUUUUUCAGUCAUAUAACUUCAAGAGAAAAUGGUACAAGGUUUGAAAAUAAAGCAUUUCAACUGUGCUAUGCCUGAAUCUAUUCAAUUUCCCCUCCCCUCUCAGCAGUUAGCUAUCAAGAGUAUGGCUUUCUGCUGUGAGCUCAGUUUUAAUCAGAACCAGUUUGUUAAUUCAUUGGUGAAGAUCCUAACUGUAAUUUUAUUCCAAGAUGCCAAAAUACUGUCAUUCUUUGCCUGUGAUUUUUUUUAAACUGUUCAGUGUUAACUCCCAAAUCCUUCCUCAGUGGUGUCUACUUACCUACAUC